GUGUGUGUGUGUGUGCCGCUCAGCGCGUGCGCGCAGGUUUUUUUUUUUUUUACCAGCAACCAACCCACGCACAUUAUCUCAUUCGCACUCAGGCAGAGAUAUCAGUUGUUCUCUCGUCCUCUUUCCUCUUUCCAGCCAAGUGCUAUUAUAUUUCACGGUAUUUAAAGACUUUAAUAUUUCUUGCGCUCUGUGGAUCUAAAUCGCGGGCAUCGCUCCUUCUGUUCCAUCUGAACAUCCCAGACUUUCACUGAUGCUGCUGCUGUUGCAGGCUGCGGUUCGUGACGGCUUGAACACCAGCUCGGAGGUGAGGAGAAGACAAAUCACAUCGGGUUUGUUGUUCAGUCACAGGAUCAGUUGCAUUGGUGUUCGCAUGGAUCUCCAUUAUUGCGCUUUUUAAUCUGAAACUAAACUGUAAGCUCGGAAGCUCAGAACUGCCGAUUGAGCAGCACUGUUCACACGAGUGCCUUUCUGAAAGGAGAACGGUGUGUUGACGUGUUCCUCCUCCUCUGUGGUCACUGGAAGGCAUGAAUGCUCGCUCUGUGUUGCUCCCGGUCAUGUCCCUGUGUGGCAGUAAUGAAACGUUUCCUUCUCUGCACUCCAGACAGGACUAGUUCCCGUCCGCAGAGCCUGGAUGAAGUUUCCCAGCCAUGCAAUGUUCUUGGAAGGCUGUGAUACUGCUAGCCUUGGCCUCCAUUGCAAUCCAGUACACCGCCAUCCGGACCUUCACGUCCAAGUCCUUCCAGCUCUGCCCUGUGCCAAUCCAACAGAACUGCAGUCUGAGCGGCCAGGAAGCGGACAGCCUUUUCGAGCGUGGAUGUGAUGAAUAUACGUACUUUAGUUUCAACACAUCACGCAAGACCCACAUCCUGGUGUUAGCCACGACACGCAGUGGCUCAUCGUUUGUGGGACAGCUGCUGAAUCAGCACUUGGAUAUCUUCUACCUGUUCGAGCCACUUUACCAUGUCCAGACAGCUUUGAUUCCUCGUCUCUCCCACAGCCGGAAUGCGGCAGACAGAAGAGUGAUGCUGGGAGCCAGCCGGGACUUGCUGCGAAGCCUCUAUGGAUGUGACUUGCACUUUCUGGAGAACUACAUCAAACCUCCACCAACCAACCACACAACGGACAAGUUGUUCCGUCGCGGGGCAAGCCGAGCGCUUUGCUCCCAGCCCGUCUGUGACGCUUUCAGUCCUGCUGAGACAAAUGUAGAGGAGGGCGACUGUGUGAAAAAGUGUGCGACUCUUAACAUGACACUUGCUGCCGAAUCUUGCCGAGAUAAGCGGCACGUUGCUAUAAAGAUUGUUCGGGUCCCUGAAAUCGGGGAUUUGCGGGCAUUGGUAGAGGAUCCACGGCUCAACCUGAAGGUUAUUCAGCUGGUCAGAGACCCACGAGGAAUCCUCGCUUCACGUAUCGAGACCUUCCGGGACACGUACCGUCUGUGGAGGAUCUGGAGGGCGACCGGAAGGAAACCCUACAACCUAGAUUUGACUCAGCUGACAGUCGUGUGCGAGGACUUUUUGAACUCUGUUUCAACAGGACUCAGUCACCCAUACUGGCUUAAAGGGAAGUACAUGCUGGUGAGAUACGAGGACUUAGCAAGGAACCCUCUCCAGAAAACCAAGGAUAUCUAUGACUACCUUGGGCUAUCAAUGGACAAAAAUGUAGUAGACUGGAUUCACGCAAACACCAGGGGGAGUAAUGAGCUCUUGACCAAACACAAAUAUGGAACAGUGAGAGAUUCGGCGGCUAACGCUGAGAGCUGGAGGCUCAAACUGUCCUUUGACAUGGUAGACUACACACAGUCUGUGUGCCAAAAGAUAUUACACAGGCUGGGCUAUAAAAGUGUCAAGUCUGCCGAGGAACUGAAAAAUAUGUCCGUCUCGCUUGUGGCCGACAAAGCUUUUGUACCGUUUUUAUAAUAAAGAGAGUUGUGAAUGACUAUUUUUGAUAUAUUUAUAAAUGUUGCCUUAUGGUUGGUGUUAAGGCUAUGGAGUCCAUCAUGACAUGUUAAAUUGCACUAAAGUUACAAUAGCACAAACAUCAAUGCAGAGUGCAAGUCAACUGUUGUAGACAGAUAGCAGUUUUAUUCACUGAACCGUCUAAAGAAAAUGUCUAAAAGUGACAUUGCUUGUCUUUUCAUGCCUGGCUUUUGCUUUAAGUGAAUGUCACCAUAUUUUCCAAGUCACCCUUGUCAUAAUUUUCUCAUCGAUCCUCUGAAAGAAACGGUGAUGCCUCAAUGUGGCAGAGACGACACGCUGUAUGAGAAGGUUUGCACAAUAAAUGAUGAAUGUUGCAGAUCACCUUUAAUAUCAUGGUGCAUUCCUGCUUCUCUUAGGUCUGUAAUGGAGAACAUUGUGCCACAGAGGUGCAAUUGCACGGAUUUGUGUCUCCCGUUAAAUGAAUAGAGUUUAGUGAGCAAGAGAGCGAGUUUCGUGACCGUCGUUUGUGGUUUGUAGUAAGACCGACAUGACAGAAUGUCCUUAAAAGUAAAAACAAAACAAACAAAAAAAAAAGAAGAAAAGAACAAAAAUGUGCAAAUGUUUCAGGAGGAUGUAAGUCAGCAGUGGUGAGGGCAGAGUGCAGCCCAUUGAGAUGCACAGAGCGGGUGCAGGACGCUUUGAUCUGCCUGGCUGUCAUGGCUGGAAUCCCGCAUGUUCUUAUCCCACAGUCACAGGGGUGUUGGAUGCAUGCCUGAGCUACACCAUUUCUCUUUCUGAAGGUGUCAGUGCUCUGAUUAACAUGCCAUCUAGCUGUGUUUAUAUUCUUUCAUGAGAAUAUUUUCAGCAUAGCUGCUGUACUAAUUAACGACAGUAUUUUAAUAGCAGUAUUAGACGCCUGGUGUAAACCUGGGUGAUGAAUGCCUUCCUUUACCUUUGAGGAAAAAUACAUAAAAAAAAAUGACAUCCGUGUUGUCUUAUUUGUCUUUUCUUACAGGAUCCUUUUUGACUUUUGUUCAACCAUGAACAUCAGCACCAUAACUAACGCUCAUAAUUAUAAAUAUACCAAAUAGUAUGACAUAGAAACCGAGGCUGGUUUCUUUCUAGCUCAGCUGUGUUGAUCGAUUGCUUUCAUGUGUUAAUUCUUUGCUGACCACAUCACCAUCAUCAUCAUCAUCAUCAUCAUCAUCAUCAUCAGUGACUGAGAAGACCACAUGAAAUACAAUAGUGCAUGUAAUAAAUUCCAGUUCAAAUAUGAACAGUUUGGAUUCAUUUAUUGAUUUCUGAAGGAGAAACUAGAACUGAUAGACGGAUCGUACACACGACCUAAAGGGACAAACGACAGAACAGUAUGUUUUGUCUUGUAUACCGUAACCGAACCUUAAUGUUCAGACUUGAAAAUGAAUGUCUAAAUAUGAAUGUGAUUUUUUUUAUUAUUUUUUAUUUAAAUUCCUAUAAAAAAGACUUUUUUUAGCUCUUUAAUUCCUGACCAGCUGUCACUGAAUAUUAUUCUCUACUGCACUGUAUUGUUGUAUGGCAACCUGUCUAGGUCUCCAAUACUGUCUAUAAAACAUUAAUUGCUAAUAUGAAUGUAGACCUGCAGGGCUUUAAGAAUUUGUCAUGCUUCAGAAGUAUUUCUGUUUUUUUUCCCUCUAUCUUACUAGGAGCGAUAUAUUCAUAGAAAUAUAGAAAUAGAAAGUUAGAAGUUAGUUUUUUUCUACAUAUUCAAAGGAAACAAUGAUAACAAACCCAUUCCUGGUCUCUGAAAUGAACUGAUUGUCCAUGAGCAGCUAAAUCUAAGGUUAUGAACAGAGGGAAAAACACAUCUGUCCCUGAAAGCCAACAGAGUCCUGAGUCCCCAGAGUCCCCAUUUUAGAUCAGACACACAGACUGAAAACCAUCCGUUUGUUUAUACUGACAUGAUGAAAAUGUCCCAUGAGUCUAUUUCCAUUC